GUAAGGAAACUAUGUAUUCCAUUGGACAUAAGAUCGAUGGAAAAUUCCUGACUUUGUAUGACGUGUGCUACGAUACAACGGCUUUAAGAGCCCGUUUCUCACAGGCCAGAAUAUACCCAAAGAAAAUAAAUCUUCCACGUCCGCUGGAUAAAUUGUUCUCUCCAUCUCCAGUAAUGUCGCCCUUUCAUGCCAACUCGUUUUUCAAGGGCGAAAUAUACGAUAGAUUUAAGAAAAUCUAUGGGGAACGGCAAAACUAUGUAGCCAAUGGAGCUGAGGUUAUUAAUCGUGGACACCUGACCGCCUCCUCAGACUUUCUCUUCGAAGAUCAACUAAGCUCAACAUAUAAGCUGGUUAACGUGGUGCCCCAGUUCGCUAGCAUUAAUUCAGGAAAUUGGAACAUAAUCGAGAGUGGAGCAUCGACAUGA